UGUGAUUCCACAUGGAGAGGAAGCACAAUAGGCUUGUGACAAACUCACCUCCAGUGUCAGGGUCAUGAAAAUUUGGAUCAAGACCUUUAUCGAGGACUUUUGCCAAUUUCUCUAUCGCUCCAGUCUGAACGUAAUCCAUGAAUUUCCUCAGACUGGCCUGGGCAGGGCAGAAGAGGAAGGAAAGUUCGUCACUGAUACACUAAUCGUGAGCAGCAGUAAUACUUCGCAUUUAAUAAAAUUAAUACCUUGGUGCUGAGCUUCGCCAGAGCCUUCUCAUCCAGAUUUGUCUGUUUAUAAACUCUGGUUUUGUACCUAAACUGAGGACCAGAAAAAAGGAAGACCAUCGCUUUUGUCCUUUUCUUAUUAAAGUCUGGAGCUGGGGGACAGAGCUGAGGGCUGGAGUAGAGCUGAACAACAGGGCUGAGAGGUCUGAAUGAGAUGUAUGCAUCCAUGCUAUUGUUCCAUUCCAGAGAACUCGCAAUGAGUGGAGGAAAACAUCUGCUGCUCCUGGCAGUGUUCAUGGUCCUGGCAAGAUGUCAGCAAAAGCCAGCAGUGUCUGUGUCACCCAUAUUGAAGGACAUCUUCUGUGGGGACUUCAUUUAUUUGAAUUGUAACAAUGCAAGCAGCAGUGAAGUGAAAUGGUACUUCAAUGAUAAUGAACUAACACAGACAAACCCAGACCUAACCUGGACGAUUGCAGCUGCUUCCUCAUUUCACUCAGGCAAUUAUCAAUGUGAGCACAAAGGGCAAAAGAGUGACAAGUUGACGAUCAAAGUCCUGGAAUACGUUCCCAGAGCCACAUUAACCAUCAUGGCAGGCUUCCCGGUGAUGCCUCAUGGAACUGCAGUUAACCUGCAGCUUGAAAAUGAGGACGGUGAUCUGAAAGGGUGGAGGUGCUGGGUCUACAGGAGAGCAGAAAAAAGGCAGAACAGGAUCAUGCUCAGGCUUGUCAGCAAAUCAAUAGUCUUUCAAACCAAACCACUGUCUGUCCCAGAGACCAUUUUCUGGUGUACUGAUAAAGCUGAAGACAUCAGAAGCAACCAAGUCAUAAUCAAGACCUCUGAGCAGGACAUAUUCCUGGAAAUGGAUCCACUUCCUGCUAUGAUUGGGCAGAGUCUGACCAUGAGGUGCAUCGUCUGGGGCACAGAUCGAAUUAGCAAAACUGUUUUCUACAAAGACAACACAGUCAUCACGAAUACCAUCGGGUCUAUGCAUGUAAUCACUAACGUGACAGAAUCUUCAAAGGGAGAAUAUAAAUGUAAUGCCACCUACACACACGUGGCCCGGACUGCUGGACCCCCAUAUUGUAAGGUCUCUGAUACUCAAAAAGUGUCUGUCCACGUGCCUCCUGUCACAGCGGUCCUCCAUGAAAGCAACUACUUGUCCUGUUCUUGUCCAAAAUGUGGAAGUGAUGCCUCCUUCCAUUGGUACCAAAAGGAUACUCAGUCAUGGGUAGCUAUGGGUCACCACUCAGCCCACUUUACACCAAGCAAGAGUGGUACCUAUGCAUGUAGAGCUGUGUGGAACAGCAAGAUGUCUUUACUCAGCAACUCUUCAAUGUAUAAGGCCAACAACUCAAACGUAAUCGUUGGCUUGGUGAGUUUCAUCCUGGUUUUCCUGCUGGCAUGUUUAGUAGUUUGUUAUUUAUAUUACAAGAGGAGACGUACCACAGGCCCACUUUAUGAGGAUGUGGGACUCCGUUUAAAAGACAGAGGCGAUGACAAAUAUGAGACUCUGCAGACAGGGCAUGGUGCUCAAAGGGACGCUGAGUACGACACCAUUCACUCAGAAGCAACAGGCAGAGAGAAGAAAGGGGGCGAAUAUGAAGCACUGAAGAAAGAUGAAAUGAAAGAGGUAUACCACACACUGGGGAAGGAGGGGGCAGCAGGAGGAGAGGGAGGAUACGAAGCACUGAAGAAAGAGGGAAUGAAAGAGGGUGUAUACCACACCCUGGGAACAGAGGGGGCAGCAGGAGGAGGGGGAGGAUAUGAAGCACUGAAGAAAGAGGGAAUGAAAGAGGGGGUAUACCACACCCUGGGAACAGAGGGGGCAGCAGGAGGAGAGGGAGGAUACAAAGCACUGAAGAAAGAGGGAAUGAAAGAGGGAGUAUACCACACCCUGGGAACAGAGGGGGCAGGAGAGAAGGAGGCAAAGGCAGAGGAGAAAAAGACUGAGCCAUGAAUGAGGAGACAGGUCUCAGUAGCUUUUAUGCUACUAACUAACCAGUAAAGUCAGGUGGUCUAGAGACAAAUCUGUACUGACUGUGAGGAAAAGCACUGAGAUUUGAAUAAAACAUUUUAGACAAUAGAGAUAGAUGGAAGCCAAAUGUGAGGUUUUUACAUUAACCGUUUGUUAUACAGUGAGAAAAGUUUUGACCUAACAACAAAAGUCAGAGCAAAAACACAAGAAAGAAGAUUCUGUAUGUUGUAUAGAGCAGCAACAAAGUGUCGCCAUUACUUAUUAAUCAUCAUAUUUCUAUUUUAUAUCUAUACUCAUCAAAACUAAAUAGAUUGAGCUUUUUUUUAUGAAAACGACUUUAUUGUUUUUCUGAGGGUUUUUUUUCCCUCACACGAUCAAGAUCUGCUUUCAGUGAUGGGAGAGGGUUGAGCAGAUUCCUGUUUUUUUGUUUGUUUGUUUGUUUUUUUGUAUUUUGCUUCUGUUCCAAUCAUAUAGUGUCAUUUGAGAAUAAUCUCAUGACCUGAUUUUUGCGCCUCACAAAGUGUUGCAUCAUUUGUACAUAUAAGAAACUGAGAAUCAUUGUAAAAUUGUAAAAUUCUUGUUUUGCAUUUAAAUGUAAACGCACCUUAUAUUUCACUGUGUAUGCUAGAGAUUCUAUAUGUCUACUUAGAUAAUAAGAUAAUAUGUGGUGCAAAGGCUGUAUGAAAUGAAAGUGUUUUGAGCAGAAAUAAAGCUAUUCUAAUUUGA